AUGGAUGGAGUACAGCAGAGUGGGGGGCAGGAGAUAGGGGAGCAGCAGUCAGGGGAGCAGCAGAUAGGGGAGGAGCGGAUUGAGGAGCAGCAGAUGGUGGACCAGCAGCUAGGGGAGCAGCAGACAGGGGAGCCGCAGACAGGGGAACAGGAGAUGUGGGGAAUUAGAGAUGGUGGUCGUGUGUUGGCCUCUGGGAUGAUCACUGCGCCACUGCGUCGCUCCACUCGCAUCACUCGUGGUAUCCCGCCUCUUAAGAGGCUCAAGGCUCUCGACCUCACCCUCAAACUCACUUCUCCCCCCCAUGCCUCCGCGCUCUACAUCAUCCGCCUGCGCUCUGCGCCACCCGUCGCCUCCUACACAGGCGGAAUCCCCGGCUUCCCGGCAACGGCCGUGUGGGAGAGCGACCCGAAUGGCAACGCGAUAGAUGCCACGGCGGACGAUGCAGCCAAUGGUGCCGAUGCAGCCAACGCUGCCGCCGAUGCAUCCAACGGUGCCGAUGCAUCCAACGGUGCCGAUGCAUCCAACGGUGCCGAUGCAUCCAACGGUGCCGAUGCAUCCAACGGUGCCGAUGCAUCCGACGGUGCCGAUGCAGCCAACGGUGCCGACGCAGCCAACGAUGCCAAUGCAACCAACGGUGCCGACGCAGCCAACGGUGCCGACGCAGCCAACGGUGCCGACGCAGCCAACGGUGCCGACGCAGCCAACGGUGCCGACGCAGCCAACGGUGCCGAUGCAUCCAACGGUGCCGAUGCAGCCAACGGUGCCGAUGCAUCCAACGGUGCCGAUGCAUCCAACGGUGCCAAAGCAUCCAACGGUGCCGACGCAUCCAACGGUGCCGAUGCAUCCAACGGUGCUGAUGCAUCCAACGGCUCCAGUGCUGCAGCUCCCUCAACGGCUGGCAGCAGCCCUAACUGCAACACACGAGGCGCUGCGUUAGAUGACGCCGCCAUCCAUCCCGCUGUACCUCCCGAGUCGUCCUCCUCCUCUGUGACAAGCAAUGGUCGCGUUGGCGCUGCUUCUGUUGCAAGCAACGGUGGCGUUGGCACUGCGUCUGGUGCUUCUGUCACCGCUGCGGCUGCGGCCACUACUAGCGGUUCAGGAGGGACCAGCCGUGUGCGGCGGCGGCCGCGGGUGAACGUGAGGGCGCCGGGCGUGAGGGCGUUCAAGCAGCUGCUGCAGCGCAUGCAGCAGGCCGUGCUGAGAGACAGCGGGGUUGACGCGGGGAAGAUGGUCUAUAGCUACAUGCACGCAUCGAACGGCUUUGCAGCGAUGCUCACGGCAGCUCAGGUGCAGCGCAUGAGGAGACACCCCUCUGUGGCGUCCGUCACGCCCUCUCGCACCAUCACUCGCUGCGCCACUACCACCACCGAUGCGUACAAGUCCUUCAAGCUGCCCCACGCCCUCGCUGCUGCUGCUGCUGCUCCUCCCGUUGCUGCCACUCCCGCUGCUCCUGCUGCCACCACUCCUGCUGCCACCACUCCUGCUGCCACCACUACUGCUGCUGCCACUCCUGCUGCCACCACUCCUGCUGCCGCCACUCCUGCUGCUACCACUCCUGCUGCCACCACUACUGCUGCUGCCACUCCGGCUGGAGCAUCGAGCGAUGGUGAUGGCACGGUGAUUGGGAUUGUGGAUACCGGUGUGUGGCCGGAGCACCCCUCCUUUGACGACACUGGCUACAGCAGCACACUCCCUCCAGGGUGGGCGGGCACGUGUCCCACUACAAGCGACUUCGCAUGCAACAACAAGAUCAUCGGAGGGGGGGUGUUCCACGCGGGAUAUGGGGAUGUCGACCUCCCCUACGACUGGCUGUCCCCGCGGGACUCAGCUCUCCAUGGCACGUGGUGUGCUGGAGCGGCAGCAGGCAACAGCGGCGUCAACGUGCCUGGCAGGGGCACAGUCAGUGGCGUGGCUCCCAAGGCACGUCUGGCCAUCUACAAGGUGUACUGGCAUCAUAACCUGUACAUGGUCGCUACAUACGGAGACGUCUUUGCAGCCGUUGAUCAGGCCGUGGCGGACGGUGUGGAUGUGCUGGCCGUGCAUCUGAUUGGCGUAGAAGAGGCGUACGGUCACAAACGGAACUACUUUGAAGAUCUGCCUUUCAUCGGCGCUCUUGCGGUGGGUGUGAGGGGGGGGCAUGUGGUGGGUUCGCUGGUUGGCCCAAGCUGUUUUUCACCCUCUGGUAACUUUCCGUGCCCUAUUUUCCUCACUCCUUGUCCUCCCUCCCUCCCUCCCUCCUUCCCUCCCUCCCUCCCUCCCUCCCUCCCUCCCUCCCUCCCUCCCUCCCUCCCUCCCUCCCUCCCUCCCUCCCUCCCUCCCUCCCUCCCUCCCUCCCUCCCUCCCUCCCCCCCUCCCUCCCUCCCCCCCUCUCUCCGUCCCCCCCUCCUCCCUCCCCUCCCUCCCCCUCCCUCCCUCCCUCCCUCCCUCCCUCCCUCCCUCCCUCCCUCCCUCCCUCCCUCCCUCCCUCCCUCCCUCCCCCCUCCCUCCCUCCCUCCCCCCUCCCUCCCUCCCUCCCCCCUCCCUCCCUCCCUCCCUCCCUCCCUCCCUCCCUCCUUCCCUCCCUCAUCCCUUCAGGCUGGAGUGACUGUGGUUGUGGCAGCGGGCGACGAAGGGACGUCCAAGUACUAUGAAUAUUGGACCGGCCGAUUAGAUGCCAUCGACACCAUUUCACCCUUCUACAUCACCGUGGGGGCGAGGUGA